AUGGAGCAAGGCCGUGGCGAAGCUGCCAUCGCGGAAGGAGAUCUGGAGAGGACGGACGCGGAGACCGUGGCGGAUGCCGUAUUUGUUGUGCAUAUUCCCUCAGUGGGCCCUGAGCAGCCACCCAGUGUAUCAAUUAAAGUUGAUAUGAAUGAGGAAGCUGCUGGCAACAAGAGGAAGCUGGACAUCGCUGGGUUCAACGACCCGUCUGAUUCUGACGACGACGAGGAGUGGGAUGUCGUGUACAAGGUACCCCCGCAUAUCAAGGUACCUACCCCAAACAAGGACGAUUACCAUAUAAACCCUAACACAUACGAGGGAGAGUUCUUUCAAGAAGCAAACUCUGACGAAGACGAAGAUGAUGCAGAGGAAGAUGAUGGUGUGCAUCACGAACAUGAUGAUAUGGAACAUGAGGCCAUGGAUGACAUGGAAGUAGAUAAUGCAGAGGAUGAAUACGAGGAUGUUUUUGACCCUCAAGAUUUGGCAUUACUUAUGCGAUGGCACAUGAGGCUAGAUGAGGAUGAGGGCCCCCCUGAAGACUUCGAGGAUGAAUGUAUGAACGGGCGUGAUAGCGAUGAUGAAAGCCCUGAUCCAAAUGUUGCACCUAAUAUUGACCCUUAUUUCUAA